GGGGAGCGCUCACGCCUAACGUUAACGUACGACGCGACGGGUACUGAACAAGGUUGACGCGCCAUGUUUGCUGGUUUUCCGUCGGAGGAAUAGAAGACUUGAACUCGAAGGAAAAUUCUACAUCGCUUUUAGCCAGGAUCUUUAAAGUUUAUUUGCGUCAGCUAUGUCAGUUUAUGAUAAACUUUAGUCUCGGGAACAAAGCAGGUUUCUUUUAAAGUUUUCUUCACCAGCCGUUUUGUGGAUAAUUCACAGCAAAAUGACGCAGUACUUACCACCGAAUUUGUUGGCGUUGUUCGCCCCGCGUGAUCCGCUUCGGUUCAUGACGCCCAUUGACAAACUCCGGCACGAGAAGAGAGAUGACGGCUACUCAGGAAUGGCUGAGUUUGUUCGCUUGUUUGAGGAUCCCAAGGACACCCCACCGCCCACGCGGGUGGAAACCAGGGAGGAGAAGAAAGAGAGGAAGAGGAAGGAGAAACUGGAAUCGCACCGACAGAGAGUGGAGGAUGAGAUCAGCAGCUGGGAGCCCACUGCUGGAGGUAUUGGAGAUCCCUUUAAGACAUUAUUUGUUGCUAGAAUUAACUAUGACUCCUCAGAGUCAAAGCUUCGACGUGAGUUUGAAUCCUACGGUCCUAUCAAAAUGAUCCACCUGGUUCACGACAAGAAGUCCGGUAAGCCGCGCGGUUACGCCUUCAUCGAGUACGAGCACGAGAGAGACAUGCACAGUGCUUACAAGUACGCAGACGGUAAGAAGAUUGAUGGGCGGCGAGUGUUGGUGGAUGUCAUGAGGGAGGGAACUGUCAAAGGAUGGCUGCCUCGCAGACUAGGCGGUGGUUUAGGUGGGACGCGACGCGGUGGCCCCGAGCAGAACGUCCGUCACUCUGGUCGGGAGGAACCAUCUCAGGCAGCGUCAGCUAGAGAUGAGGAAGAUCGGGAAAGAGACCGACGUGAGAGGCGACGCAGCAGGAGUCGCGACAGAGAUAGAGAUCGUCGUCGUGACCGAGACCGGGAGAGAGAAAGGGAACGUAGGGAGCGCGAUCGUGAUAGGGACCGGGAGAAGGAUCGCGACCGGGACCGCGACAGAGAUCGUGACCGGGACCGAGAACGUGAGCGGCGUCGCAGGGAGCGCGAGCGAGAGCGGGAAGGCGAGCGUGAUGUGGAGAAGGUGGACGGGGAGAACGCUGAAGUGGAUGACAAGGAACUCGACCGCGAUCUGCAGGAGGCGCUUGAGAAGGACCGUGAUCGCGACCGGGGACGAGACCGGGACCGCGACCGGGACCGUGACCGUGACAGGCGGAGACGGGACCGUGAUCGUGACCGGGAACGCGACCGAGGGCGGGAUCGGGAUCGUGACCGAGACCGGGAUCGCGACCGGGAUCGUGACCGCGGGCGCGACCGCAAGCGAGAGCGCGACCGCGGCGACUACGGGGAUGGUGAGGAGCCGGACGUGAAGGUCAAGAUUGAGAACGCGGGCGAAGACAUGGGCCUUGUGUCGUACCCAGCUGAUGAAGACGAGGAGACAGCAGGAGGAGACACCUUCGGCAUCCGAAUCAAGAAGGAGAAACUAGACGCGGGCUACGGAGACGUUGAACCCCAGAAUGGAAUGGGACAGCCUCAGGAACAAUCCUGAAGUAUGUCUCCAAUCUUUCUUCUAAUGACAACUUUGAAUUGUCCUUUCGCCCGUGAUUUCAUUCUGCCCGUAAGUUCUGCUCAACAGUUUUUAACAAGCUUUAUAGGUCACUUUCAGCUGCUAUUUUUAUGGACACUUUGAUCUUCAUCAAAUUUUGUUUUUAAUUUCGAGCAAUCACUAGAUUGUUAGUAUUCUCUUGAAUUCAGUCUUGAGUGAGUGUGGGUAUGGCUGCGACGUCAGAUUUGCUAGGUGGAUCUUUGAAAGGACAGUACCUUCAAUAUUGUACUAAAAAUUGUAGCUUAUUUCAAGCUGCAUACAACAAAACUUUAAAUGUAGGAUAUGACGAGAAUCAUAAUACUGGGUAACAGAGUUGAGUAUCUAUCACCUAUGCACAUUUUGAAGUCUGGUGCGAUAUGGAAGUACAGUACAUGUAGACUGCCUGUUUGGAAGUCGGUGUGUGUAACUGUAAGACUUUACGCUCAAUGAUGUGGUUAGCAAGUGCUGAGAGGUGUGUGUAUACAUGUGAGCCAGCAUGAUGUACUGUUCAUGCUUUGGUUUAUACAAGACCGUGGAGGCGCUUCAAGGCCAUCCGCGGCCUUGUGCAAACCAGAGUGUGACCUUUACACCCCGUAGGCUUGUGUGAGUACAGAGCCAGUAACCGGCACCGAUGGAUCCAGGCAGAAACAUGCUCAGCAUGCUGGAUUACCUACCUACCCACCCCACCUCUGGCGCUCAUUUUUGCAAGCGAGAGUGCGUUUGAUGUGACACUUACCUGACAUUUUGUGCUAAUACUUGGGCCUGGCCCAAGUGACUGACCAGAUGAGCUGGUUACUUAGGGGGAAGUAUCCCAUAAAGCAGUGCAAAAACAUUGUUGCUUGGAGUGUUGCAAAGGAAAGUUGUACAUAAUUGAGAAAAAUGGAUAAAAACAGUUGCAAAUUGGCUCAAGCAAACUUAGUUCUGUGAAAAAAAAGGCAAGAAAUGCGCAUUUGGAUGGCAGUUACUCAUCAUUACUGACCAUUUGAAUUUCUGUUUGCAACUUUCAUCAAUAUACAUGUGUGAUCUGUCCUGUCAAUGUUCCAUUGAUUACCAUAUACUAUGCAUGCACCUUCAAGCCUUCAUUGGUGACACCAUGGAUAAGCGCGUGGGAAGUUACUGAACGUGCUGGUAAUAACUUGCACAUCCAGAAGGCCCCCAUUUAUGGCGGGAGGACUGUGCCGUUGUUCAGGGGCACUGUCAAGAGCUGAUUGUAUUGCACAGUAGCGGGCACAGUGCAGCCGC